CCAUAACCUGGGGACUACCUGUACAAACAAAAUGGGGACAGGAAAUUGGAAAUUGAAACAAAGGACGUGAUCUCUUCGAUGGGAACAAAGGAACUGACGUCAUCAGAACUGUAACAGGAGCGGAAGUGUAGCCAAGGCCAUUUUGAGUGCUUGAACAGAAACACAAAGUCUGCAGCUGUAAAGACUGCUGUGAAAAAGAGAAUGGUCUGCAUUGAAGUAGAUGAGGAAGUGUUUCUCAAAAAUAUUGGCCUUUUCCUACAAACUCCCGAGGAGCUAGCAAACCAGACAUCAAAGACCCAGGACAUGGCCGCAAAGGCAGGUCUUGACAUUCAGCAAAGCCAACUUCAAGGAAACACUUCUCAGAGCAAUCAAACAACAACGAGAAAGCCGUACAACCCAAAGGAUUUCAGCCAGUACCCUGUGUGGCCAGACGAAGAUGAGUAUCAUCGGGACCCCAUGGAAGAAAGGAAGACCUGUCCGGUCAGUUUAAGAAAAUCAAAUGUUGACUGGUUUAAGAAAGCAUUUAUUCCCGAUGUUGGGAUUUUUAUGCACAAAGAGCAUUUCAGUGAACCGGAGUGGAAGAGGCUGGAAAAGUUCAACCCUCCCUAUGGAUGGAUGGGGACCAACUACCAAGAUGUAAAGGAUGCUGUUGAAUCGAUGCCAAGCCUGGCCAAACAGAAGAUACUGCUGACAACUAAAAGCAGGGACGGCUGCAUCCGCUGUGCUGUCGUAGGCAAUGGCGGAAUCCUCAACGGUUCUCGGAAGGGACAGGAAAUCGACUCUCACGAUUACGUCUUCCGGGUGAAUGGCGCGGUAAUCAAAGGCUUUGAACAAGACGUGGGCUCCAAAACGUCAUUUUACGUCCAUACGGCACACACAAUGACGACGUCUCUCUACAUCUAUAAGAAGAACGGCUUUACCAAUGUGCCAGGGGAGAAGGACACAAAGUAUAUUCUGCUCCCGGAAGGUGGCCGAGAUUACGAGUGGAUGAAAGCCCUCUACCGAAAUACGACCGUGGAAAAAGGACGGUUCAGAAGGAGAUGGCCUGUCAAAUACUUUGGUGAGAACUUCACAAUGGACAAGUACCUAGUCAUUCACCCUGAUUUCAGCAGAUACAUAAUGAACAGAUAUAUGAAGUCUAAGGCCCUUAGUAGAAGACAGUGGGACAUUUACCGGCCAACCACUGGUGCAUUCAGCUUGAUGACUGCACUCCAUUUGUGUGACGUGGUGAAUGCCUAUGGGUACAUUACGGAGGACUAUAAGAAAUAUUCCGACCAUUACUUUGAUACAAAGUACAAAAAGACUGUCUUCUAUAUCAAUCAUGACUUUUCACUGGAGAUGAAAACGUGGAGGAUGUUUCAUGACGCAAAACUUUUUAACCUCUACCAUAAGAGCUGAAAACCAGCAAGAGCGUAAAUCGUAGGGCAGCUGAGCAGACGGGACACCACAGACGGCCAAAAUUGAAGGAGAAAGCAAGAGGAAGACUCGGUGAUGGCUUCUGUCCGGGAGCAUCUGCUUCGGCGGUUUCUAGCACUUCAGUAUUCCAGGAGCUCCAUCUGCCGUUGUAUUCAUCCCACAUCAGAAGUUAAUCUUUUCUUCAGGAAGUUAUAAAUGUGCUGAUACUCGCACGUGAGUCAACAACCUUUAGAUCCAAGCAUUACAAAGAAAAUCUUAUUUUCCUCCAUUGUUCUUUUGAUCAAAUGAGCACCUAAUUCGGGGCAUUAACUCUUUCCAUUGGCACUGAUUGAUCUACGGUUCUGACGUCCUCUUCAGGAAUCUCUUACAAGUAAUCCCCUCGCUCCAGCUCUAAAUAUAAUGUGGCGUAACUCUAAAAAAAGGAUUUUUUCCACUUGGGAAUAACAUUUUGGCAUUCCCAAGGUGUCCUCACUUUGCAAGUCUUCUUGCAGUUAAUUUGGUGCCCCCAGUCUUUUGACGCUCAAUCCCAAUAGCUUCUCGAUCACUACAUUUCCACAAUUGCUUGUUUUGGCUUUGUAACGUCUCCUGUGUGGAAUCGUCACAAACACAUUCUCAUUGGGAACCGUUGGCACCUUUCAUCUGGAAUUUCCAACAUCCACUUAUUUUGGAUCUACAGUAUGGCCCCUCCAUCUCGAAACAUUUUCGACAUUUGGAGAGUCCACUGUGUGGCACGGUCAACCAAUUCUCAUUUGAUUCUGUGGCCCACCCAUCCUGAGGUUUCAGCAAACGUCCCUUUGGCUCUCUGUUGCAUCCUACUUGCUUCUGUAACGAGUCCAAAGUGCAAUUCUUGUCUGAUGUGUAGAAACGUGCCUGGUCCUAAGGUUCAAAUCAGAAUCUCAACUUAUACUUUCAGAGCUUUUCUGAACCUUCACGUCCCAACACUAAUUCAAACCCUACCCCUAACCCUAAGGCGACUCUCCAUUUUGCACAGGUCCCAUAUACAGCAGAUCCAAAGGUUAAUGAAGCCAUAGUCGGAUAUCAUGAGCAUAUGCUGAGGGUCUGUAACAUCUCGGUAUUAUUAGCUCCAAUGUUUCCAUUAGAAAGGGACUUAGAGGACCCUCGUUGCUUGACCCGUGUAUCAGCAUCAGAUCUGAUAGAUUACUGGCUGCAAAAAACUAAAUAGGAUUUUAAUAUUCCCUAUGCUCACCCCCAACCCUGAUUUUGUGAUUUUUUUUUUUUUUGAUUGUUUAUCUUGUCCUUGUCUUUGUCUUUAUUGUUUUUCUUAUAGAAAUCCUGAUAGAUAGCCCCAGGGAUAAUUACAAGAUGGGGAUGUGAUGGGUUCAAAAUUGGUUCCCCAAUUGGAUAGUAUUGGAUUUAUACAAUACGUUUUUUACCACUUUAUGAGUAGCCCUAUGAUCUGUUGAUAGUGUCUUCUUGAUGUCCAUUAGGAAGGCAGUUUUAACAGUGUUUUACAGUGGACCCUUGACUUGCGAACUCCAUUCGUUCGCGAGGGUGCGUUGUAACUCAAGUUGGUUGUAAGUCAAGACUAUUUUUCCCAUAAGAAAUAAUGGAAAUACCCAUAAUGCACUC